CCUUAACUGACAAGGAUGUCUGUGUUUUGGUGUUCCUGUGACACUGAUGUCACUUUAAACUGAAAAUUGGGCAACAGGAACUUGCAGUUCUAGAAAAAAGAAGAAGCUGCUGAAGGGAUAAUUCAUAAUGGAUGUCUGUCCUGCCGUUACAUUGGACCUAACCCCUACAGAGCAGUUAGAGUUAGAAGGUAUCAAAAUGCAUAAGAAAGAGCUACUAGAUGAUAUCCAGAGGCUAAAAAAAGAAAUAGCUGAUGUUAUAGCUGAAAUUGAAGACUUUGAGCACACUGAGGAAAGCAAACAGGUUCAGAAAACAAAACAGGUAGCAUGUGGGAAGAAAAAAUUCAACAUGGAUCCCCAGAAGGUAAGUGUUGCCAUGACCAUUUCUGGUGUGAUAGUAGUUGAAUAUAUGGGACCUGAUGAAUGA